UAUUUUGUGGCGGACGGGCGUCUUUGCUACUCUGUCCGUCGUUUCCAGUCGGCCUCCAGCCCUGUUGCUAGCUUCGCCGAGCACUUUCCUUGAUGGUCUCCUUGCUCCCUCGCGCACCCUACCUUGCCUCCCUCGGCAAUCCCACCGCCCGCGCUUCCUCCUCCUCGCUGCGAUUGCCGGCCAUGUCUUCCUCCGCCCCCGCCCCCGCCCCCGCGGCCACGGCCACGGCGGCGGCGGUGGCGUCAGAGACGGAGGCGUCCCGCCCAAGGAAGAUGCCGGUGCUCUUAUUCGACGUCAUGGACACCGUGGUCCGCGACCCCUUCUACCACCACAUCCCCUCCUUCUUCCAAAUGUCCAUGAAGGAACUCCUAGAAAGCAAGCAUCCAACAUCGUGGUCCGAAUUUGAGAAGGGGAUGAUUAAUGAGGGCGAGCUGGCCGAAAAAUUCUUCAAUGAUGGCAGAUCUUUUGAUUUGGAAGGUCUGAAAGCAUGCAUGGUGAGAGCGUACGAGUACGUUGAUGGUGUUGAAGAUAUUCUUUGCAGUUUAAAGCAAAACAAUUAUGAGGUGCAUGCUUUUACAAAUUAUCCAGUGUGGUACCAGUUGAUUGAGGAAAAGUUAAAGCUCUCGAAGUAUUUGUCGUGGACAUUCUGUUCUUGUCACAUUGGAAUACGCAAACCUUCACCAGAUUUUUACCUUCAUGCCGUGGAUUAUCUCAAUAUCGAUCCAGGAAACUGCAUUUUCAUUGAUGACAGGAUGGUAAACAUCGAAGCGGCCCUUAGUGUAGGAAUGGUCGGUUUGCAUUUUAAAAAUGCCGAGGCCCUAAAGAAUGAUUUGUGCUCGCUGGGAGUUGAAUUGGCACCUCUUGUGCCUGAAGAUGAAACUGAAAUUCAGUAACAUGGCUUCAUGUUUGGUCUUCUGCUCAUGGUAAGAUUCAUGCGUAUGAAUAAUCCUUCUGUGUCUUUAUGAACCACUCCGUAUAUUAAAAUCUUGAUGUGCUGUUAUUGUCACAAUAUUGUACUCCCUCCAUAAACAGAUGUAAGACGUUUUAGGUCACUACUACACUAUAACACAAAAUAAUAUGCUAAUUGUACAUAUGUAUUCUAUAAACAUAAUUUACAUGCCUCCAGUAUGUUCUUAAAAGGAUAACAAUAUGACAAUGGCUUUUGGGGAGUUGUGAAAGCUAAA